AUGGACAUCUCUGUUCUGCCUAACAACAACCACCCGGAGAAGUUCCUCCAGCUGGACGUCGGGAUGCUGCCGGCCACACAUGGCAUGUUCCAGGUCGGGGCCGUCAUGUCCAGUCAGAAGCACUGGCAGAACAGAGUCUACUCCCAGAGGGGGCAAAGGGUAAAGACGGAAAGCUGGCCUCCUCCAUCCCCAGAGGCCACUCCUGUGGCGUUUGAGGACAGGUACCUGGAGAAGCACAUCACACCAGUCACUCUGAAGUCCAACAUUAAAAGGAACCCUCUGUUCAUAGACAUGAGAGCGAUGGAAGCGGUUGACAACAAGAAGUCCAAGCCCUCCUGGACCGUCAGGGAGUACGACACACAGACAAUCCACGGGAACCUCGACGACUAUUUAAAGAAGACACCAAGAGACCUGGACUUUUGGCUCGAGGAUCUCUACACACCAGGAUUUGACUCUUUGCUGAAGAAGAAAGAAGCGGAACACAUGAGAAAAAGACUUUGUAAAAUCAUGUCUGUAAUCGUUUUGGCUGUUUGUGCCGCACUUAUUGUAAUCAUAGUGCCAGUUAUGGUUCUACAGAAGCAAAACUGA